AUGACCGCCACCGUCAAGACCCUCGACCACCUCGUCCUCACCUGCUCCGACGUCGCCGCCACCGUCGCCUUCUACACCACCCACCUCGGCAUGCGCGCCACGGAAUUCGUCUCCCCCAAGGACGCAGACGGGACAGUCCGCCGCGCGCUGCACUUUGGCACACAGAAAAUUAAUCUCCACCAGCGCGGCGCCGAGUUUGAACCAAAGGCGCAGACGGCGCUGCCUGGCACCGCGGACCUUUGCUUCGAGGUGGCUGAUGAAGUGAGGUUGGAGGAUGUGCAAACGAGGCUGAAGGCGGAUGGCGGGGUGAGGCUGGAGGAGAAGGGCGAGAUUGUGUACAGGACGGGGGCAAAGGGACGUAUGAGAAGCUUGUAUGUGAGGGAUCCGGACGGCAAUUUGAUAGAGUAG